AUGUUUCUUGAACAACCCGAGGAGGAACAGUUACCAGUGAUUAGAAAGAUAAUUGAUACAAACAAAUAUACUUAUAUGUACAAUGCUUGGAAGUUAUUAGACCAAAUGGUAACAAAAACUUCAAAUGUUCUUCGAUUGGGUGAUUUUUUGAAAGAUUUUGGCGACAAAGGGAACGAUAUUCAGGUAUGUGCUGAGAUUGUGCUAUUGAAAAAUGUAUGUCAAUUUCUAGUAAAUUUUAUUUAAAAAUAUUUCAAAUUUUAUUCUCUUUAAUUUAAAAAAUAUUAAUUUAAAAUAAAAGAUUUUUUCCGACUAACAUUUAGAAAAUUAUCAAGAAAAAGUUCUCAAAUUAUCACCUUCAGGUUUUUCCAGAGUUUGCGACAAAUGAAGGCAAAUGCGUUUGGAAAAUUAGUAAUACUUUCGAUUGAUUCAGAAAAGUGUCAAAAAAACACAACUGAUGAGUUUAUUCAGUAUUUUGAAAGAUUUGAAAAGACAAUCAACAAUGGAAUCUUUGAAAUAUUAUUAUGGACUCAAACUAUGAUGUUGAUAGAUGAUCCACAGUUUUCUUCAAAAAUUUGUGAAUACGACAAAAGGAAUUUAUGUUAUACAUCGGUUACAAGAGUGUUAGAAAUUUUCAAUCGUCUAGAAGAGUUAAAAAGUUGGUUUAUAGUGUUUUCUUACAAUUAACAACAUUUUAUUUUUACAGAUGUCGAACUUCUUGAGUCAUUCUUGAAAUUCGCAGAAAUCUCUAGUCAAACACUUAUUUUGAAGGAAGAAAAUAGGUCGAUUCACUGUAUUUUGACUACAAUCUGUAAUUGUUUCAACAAAUAUGAUAUUUAUAUUGAGAGAAUGGCUGAUUUAUUUUUGGAAUUUGUAAACGCACAUUCAGAGUUAGUUUCGAAAAUGUAAUGCUACAAUUUACGAUAAAAAUGUUUCAGAAAAUAUGAUAAUUUUCUUCAUACUUCACAAAUAUGCACAAUGAUUAGGGAUUGUUCGUGGAAUAUGGUUGGAAAUUUCGGAAAUUCAAAGCGUGCUGAUUAUGGAUUGCAAAUCAUAUCAGCGUAUUCAGGUACACAAUUGUUUUUUUUUCUUCCAGCCAAAAUCAAUUAUCAAUUAUUUUCAGAUAGAGUUAUGCAAAAGGAAAAGCAAAACACACACCUUUCCCACAUUGCUCAUAUUUGGAUUAAUGGUUUUGUCAUCUUCAGCACUCCAAAUAAGGUAACUAUGGUUUUCAUGAUUUUAUGUUAAAAUUAGUUCAAUUUAUUCAGAGAUUAUUUCUACCCAUCAUCAAAAAUUUGAGAUGUCUUGUUGAAGCAACUGGAAUUGGACAUGAUAAACUUUUUGAUGUUCUGAAGUUUGUGUUUAUUGAAAAGUCAUUCGAAGCUGAAGAAAAUACUAGCAAUGCUCCAGAUUUUUGGAAACAAACCUGUCUUGCAAUGAAAUUUUUAUUGAAAACACACUUCAGUUAUUUCAUCAUUCAAGACUGUUUCCAACCUUGUAUUCAAUUUCUCAAAAUAUUUCCGGAAUCUUCAUCGAUUUUGAAGAAUAUUUUUGAAACACUAACGCAUCUCGAAUCGGAUAACUUGGAAAUUAGUUUGGAAUUGGAGGAACUAUCUCGGGGCCUUUCCAAAUAUAUUGACCAGUUUGACGAACACGACAAUCCUUGUUUCAAUGAUGUCAUCGAAAUGAAAAUAUAUGUUUCAACUGCUGCUGACAAAUUUAUCGACCGCCGAUCAACUGCUAAAGCUUCAGAUGUUAUAUUAUUUCUUAGAACUCUCGAAAAAUGGCAAUAUUGCAACGAGAAGGUAUUCAACACAUCAAUAAAAUUUAUCCUUGAUAGUAUCUCUAGAAAUCGCGAUCUUGUGAGUUUCAAAAUUAAGCUCAAAACAUGAUUGAUUUUGGAAAAUUAAUACUUUUUUCAGAUGUCUUCUUGUUUAAUCAAAGGAUCAAUUGUUGAUAAUAUCAAAAUAGUAAUUCCAAAAUUAUCUUUUUCCAAAAGGACUCCAUUGUUCGAUAUCCUUCUAAAGUUGAAAGAAAAGAGUCAAUGUAUUUUCAUGGCGCUCGAUUUUGUUUUUGAAUUCAAUAUGGUUGUCAGCCCAGAAAGUAUGGAUUUACACAUUGAAACUGAACUUGGUUUCAACUCUGAUCAGCCCACAGACUGCCAAUUACACAGGCGAUAUGGAGUAAGUUCAAAUGUUUGAAAAUACACUUAUGUACAUUUCUUUCAAAUCAUAUGUUUUUGAUUUACAGUAUCGCGUUUGCCUGGAUAUUAUCAAACACAUUGCAAAAAUUAACCGACCUAAAUAUAAUCCCAUUCUCGAAUGUUUCAAAGAUCUUGUCGAUGUACAAAUAAUGAUUUCACAGCAAUGGAGAACAUCAAAUUGUAUGAAACAAAUUGAGAAUAAUAACUCAACUGACAAAAGUUAGUUUUGAAUUCCACAAAAGAAAAAGCUAUUAAUUUUUCAGGCGAGAAUGCUCAAGUUGAACAUGUUUCUGUCUCCGAUGCAGAAACAUAUUUCGAAAAAAUUGGUGAACUCGCGACUCAAAUCAAAGAACUCCAAGCUUCACAUCGGGUCAACUUAUAA